CCCUUCUCUGUCCGCAUCGGGGCGAUCAGAAACUACAUUUCCCAGAAGCCUCCUCUCCCGGGACCCACCUUCAGCUUCCGGAAAUCGUUCCCAUGGAGACCGGCUAACCCAGCAGGCUGUUGUCGGACGGAGACACCCCACCCCCAGACAGUGCGAGACACGCCAGCAUGGAGGUCCUGAAAGAGAAAGUGGAGGAGGAGGAGGCGGCUGAGCGGGAGGAGGCAGCCGAGCGGGCCGAGCGGGCCGAGAAGACUGAGAGGUCAUCGAGGCCCAUCGAACCGUUGAAGCAGGAAGCCACCCUGACGAAGGAGAUGCUCAGAGACCUGGAGCAGAAGCUGUCGGAGAUCAAGGUCACCAUCCCAGAGGAGCCCCCGGUCUUUACCAAGGACACCAUCGACAUCUCCGAGCUGCCCCUUUCCUACAAGAUCAACACGCCCAAGGAGGAGCACCUGCUGCAGGUGGCAGACAACUUCUCCCGCCAGUACAGCCACCUGUGCCCGGACCGCGUGCCCCUCUUCCUGUACCCGCUCAACGAGUGCGGAGUGCCUAAGUUUGUGAGCACAACCAUCCGGCCUACCCUGAUGCCCUACCCCGACCUCUACAACUGGGACAGCUGUGCCCAGUUUGUCUCUGACUUCCUUACCAUGGUGCCACUGCCCGACCCCCUCAAGCCGCCCUCGUCCCUGUACUCCUCGACCACGGUGCUCAAGUACCAGAAGGGGAACUGCUUCGACUUCAGCACGCUGCUCUGCUCCCUGCUCAUCGGCUCGGGCUACGACGCCUACUGCGUCAGCGGCUACGGCUCGCGGGACCUGUGCUUCAUGGACCGCACGCGGGAGGUGUGCCCACUCACCACGAAGCCCACGGAGGUUGUCCAGGAGGUGGAAAAGGCGCCACCUAAGAAGUAUGCCAUCAGGCCCCCCAGGGACCUGAGCAGCAGGUUUGAGCAGGAGCAGGAGAUCAAGAGGCAGAAGGCCAUCAAGCAGGAGGAGAAGAGGCGGCUGAAGGAGGCGGAGGAGCGCCUCCUGGAAGAGGAGAAGGCAGCACCCGACUCCCUGCAUGGCCUGCGUGUGCAUGCCUGGGUCCUGGUGUUGUCGGGGAAGCGCGAGGUGCCCGAGAGCUUCUUCAUCGACCCGUUCACGGCGCACAGCUACAGCACCCAAGAUGACCACUUCCUGGGCAUCGAGAGCCUCUGGAACCACAAAAACUACUGGGUCAACAUGCAGGACUGCUGGAAUUGCUGCAAGGACUUGAUCUUUGACCUGGGAGACUCCAUGCGGUGGGAGUACCUGCUUUUGGGGACUGAUAAGCCUUACCUGUCCAUGAGUGAGGAGGAGGAGGAAGGGACGAAUGAAGAGGAUGAUGUGGAGAAUCUGGGCAAGGAAGAUGAAGAGAAGAGCUUUGACAUGCCGCACUCGUGGGUUGAGCAGAUUGAGAUCUCCCCAGAAGCAUUCGAGACCCGCUGCCCAAAUGGGAAGAAGGUGAUUCAGUACAAGAGGGCGAAGCUGGAGAAGUGGGCCCCAUACCUCAACAGCAAUGGCCUCGUGAGCUGCCUCACCACCUAUGAGGAUUUGGAAUGCACCAAGAUUUUGGAGAUAAAGGAGUGGUACAAGAACCGGGAGGACAUGCUGGAGUUGAAGCACAUCAACAAGAGCACGGGCCUGAAGAUUGACUACUUCAAGCCGGGCCACCCCCUGGCUCUGCAGGUGCACUCCUACAAGUCCAUGCUCCCCGAGAUGGACCGCGUUAUGGAGUUUUACCACACAGCCCGUGUGGACGGCCUGAUGAAGCGGGAGGAGACGCCCCUGACGAUGACGGAGCACUUCAGGGGGCGGCCAGACUUCCUCUCCUACCGCCACGUCAACUUCGGCCCCCGGGUCAAGAAACUCUCUCUCAGCAGUGCCGAGUCCAACCCCCGGCCCAUGGUGAAAAUCACUGAGCGGUUCUCCCGCAACCCAGCGAAGCCUGCGGACGACGACGUGGCGGAGCGGGUGUUUCUGAUUCCCGAGGAGCGCAUCCAGCUGCGCUUCCACUGCCGGGACGACUACAUCACGGCCUCCAGGCGCGAGUUCCUGCGGCGCACCGAGGUGGACAGCAAGGGCAACAAGAUCAUCAUGACACCCGACAUGUGCCUCAGCUUUGAGGUAGAACCCAUGGAACACACCAAGAAGCUCCUCUACCAGUACGAGGCCAUGAUGAAGCUGAAGAAUGAGGAGAAGUUGUCCAGACAUCAGGCCUGGGAGUCAGAGCUGGAGGUGCUGGAGAUCCUGAAGCUUCGAGGGGAGGAGGAGGAGGCACAUGUGCUGACCAUCUCCAUCUACGACACCAAACGCAACAAGAAGAGCAAGGAGUAUCGGGAGGCCAUGGAGCGUGUGAUGCAUGAGGAGCAGUUGCGACAGGUGGAGGCCCAGCUGGACUACCUGGCCCCGUUCCUGGCGCAGUUCCCGCCAGGAGAGAAGCUGACGCGCUGGCAGGCGGUGCGCCUCAAGGAUGAGUGCCUCAGCGACUUCAAGCAGCGGCUCAUUGACAAGGCCAACCUCAUCCAGGCCCGCUUUGAGAAGGAGACCCAGGAGCUACAAAAGAAGCAGCAGUGGUACCAGGAGAACCAGGUGACCUUGACAGCUGAGGACGAAGACUUGUACUUGAGUUACUGCUCUCAGGCCAUGUUCCGCAUCCACAUCCUGGAGCAGAGGCUCAAUCGACACAAGGAGCUGGCUCCACUGAAGUACUUAGCUCUGGAGGAAAAGCUCUACAAGGACCCACGCCUGAUGGAGUUGCUGAAAGUCUUUGUUUGAUGUCUCUCCAGCACAUCUGCCACUUUGAUGUCCUUUUGGGGCUGUGGCUAUAGCUCCCAGGGAAAGGAACGCUGCCUCACAGCCCUUCAGCCUCAUCCUCCCUACACCUGGCUCGUGACCGCCCCCUCCUCUUCCCAGCCUUACUGCCACAGCCCCACACACCCACAACCCUUUCCUUCCUGCUUCUCAUGAUUUUCCUGCAAAUAAACACACUUUUAAAAUUGC